UUCCUCAGCUUCAAUCCCUCUCUUCCUCCCUCCUCCUUGCAAUAAGGGGAUCCAUAUUGUAGUUGAGAAACCUUCUCUCUCACCCACUUUUUGACCCAAGUCUUCUCUCAGUUCUCACCAUGUUGUACUCUCUAAUAUGCGGCCAUGAAGCUCCAUUCACAAAAGCAAACAAUAGGUGUACUUCCCAACUCUCUCUUUUCUUUUGCUUUCUGUAACUUGCUACUUCUUGUUUUCCUCUAUAAUCCAUUCUCUAGUUAAGCCCUGUCCUCCAGUCUUGUAGUCUAUUGAACUCCCACCAUUCCUCUGAAUGGCAGGUGCACCCAAUUACCCAGGUCAUCCUAACCUUCCACCAAAUUCCCUUGCUUCUCUCACUAUGUCGCACUCCUUUGCCGAUUUCAUGAGAUUUAAUCACAAUCCAAUCUCAGAACAACGCCUCUCUUUAAUCUCCAUGGAACAACAGUCUCUCUAUAGAUUCACCAGCUCCAUAGCUUCUGCCCACUUCUUGUGUUUAUGAGCUUGUAGCCAUCCAAAUUCUACCCGAAGGAAACAUUGGCUGCCAAUUUCUGCGUUCAAACAUGAAGUCAGAAGCGGGAGCCUCCACCAGCUCCACAGCACCUCAGAAGAAAGAGCGGUCCUUUCUCGGUUGGCUGAGCUGCAUCCUGUGGCCACCAAAGAAGGAGCAGCCUGAAAAGGCCAAGCCCAUUGGGCCCCCGAAGGCAUCUCGCAUGCUAUUGGCUGGGCCGAGUACCCCGCCGUUGCAGCGGCUCUUCCGCUACUUCGACGGCAACGGCGACGGCAAGAUCUCCCCGGCGGAGCUCCAGAGCUGCAUGCGGACGAUCGGCGAAGAGCUCUCGCCGGAGGACGCGGCAGCCCUGGUGGAGUCCACCGAUUCUGAUGGUGAUGGGCUGUUGGCCUUUGAUGAGUUCGUCGAGCUGGUGACCCCCGAGGGAGAGGAGGAGAAAGGGAGGAAUUUGAGGGAGGCUUUCCGGGUCUACGAGAUGGACGACCAGGAGUGCAUCACACCCACCAGCCUCAAGAGGGCACUUGGCAACCUUGGAGUGUGCAAAACAAUCGAGGACUGCACGAUCAUGAUUCGUCAGUUUGAUAUCAACGGGGAUGGUGUGAUCAGCUUUGAUGAGUUCAGAAUCAUGAUGCUAUGACUGCUAGGCCAUAGUAUGGGUGCAUGUAUGUCAUGUGGUUUGUGGACCGGUGACAUAGUGAAUAUCAGAAUAAUUAUUUCAGACUCAUUUGGUUUGUGAAAAAAAUUUUAACUUGCUCAAAUACUUUUUCUGAAAAAAUUGAUACUUGAAUAUAUAUAAUACUUAAAAAAAUAGUUUUUACA